AUGGUCCUUGACGACCAGCUGAGCCUGGAGCUCCCUGGCGUCCAGGGCGACCGUCUUCGCCGUCAGGACCAGCGGGUCCAACUUCUCCGUCAUCACCACGUUCACCUUCGAGACCUGGAAGGCCAGUACCUGGAGGUCCUGGUAGACCAGUUUCACCCUUUGGUGCGUAGCUUGAGUACCCUGGCUCUCCGCGGAAUCCUUUGGGCCCGAGUUCUCCAGGGAAGCCUUCGAGCCCUCUUGGACCCGGAGUUCCUGGGCGUCCUUCAUAACCACGAGGUCCUUGAUCUCCAUGCACACCUUUCGGCCCAGGAAUACUUCUUCCAGGCUCUCCGUGAAUUCCCUUGGGCCCGUCAGGUCCAUAUUCUCCUGGCGCUCCCUUCUGGCCAGGACGACCUGGGAGACCCGGCAUGCCGUUCAGUCCCGGCAUACCUGGCUCUCCAGGCUCUGGGAACUCUCCCGGAGGGCCUGGUCGACCAGUUGGACCUUGAUCUCCCGGCAGUCCUGGGAGCCCAGACAUUGAGAUAA